AUGGGUUAUCACAGUCUUGCAACGACCAUUAAUUCAAUACGGAAGUUCUAUCAAAAUUUUCCAAGUUUUUAUCCUUCCUUUCCGUUCAUCAACGUUGCAGAAGUUCAGGAAGCAGAAAUAAAGCCAUUUGUAGAGAGCUUGUCUAGCUGUCCAAAACAUGGGCUGCAUAACCCACUCAGAUCCCCAGAAAGAUAUCUUAUGUUUGGAGAGAUAUCUGCAAAAGCGGCUCAUAUGCUUGGACAACCCGAGGUUGAAAAAUUCUUCUCAAGGCUUAUUCAGAGAGUUUCUCCAAAGAGUUAUACUCAAGCUCUUGGUGAGGUCCAAGUUACACGAAAAUUCCUGGAAAAUUUUUCUGGAGACCAGGUUCGCUUCCUGGCACGGUCAUUUGCAGUUCCUGGCAACCAUCUUGGACAGCAGAGUAAUGGCUAUCGCUGGCCUUAUGGUCCUGUUGCAAUUAUUACUCCCUUUAACUUUCCUCUGGAGAUCCCACUAUUGCAGCUGAUGGGUGCACUUUACAUGGGGAAUAAGCCAGUUUUGAAAGUUGAUAGCAAGGUAAGCAUUGUUAUGGAGCAGAUGCUUCGUUUGCUACAUAAGUGUGGGCUGCCUAAGGAGGAUGUGGAUUUCAUCAACUCUGAUGGUAUAACAAUGAACAAGCUU